CAUCAGUUCCCCCCACCAAAAUCUAGGGCGGCGGCGGCUGCUUUAUUCCCGAUGCCGAUCGCCAUGGACACCGGAGGCGCUCCGGAGGAGGAGACCGUCGUCCUCCCCCAUUGGGUGGUUCUGCACCGCAGGGGCAGCACCCGCUGCCACAACAGCCUAGACGCUGCUCGUGUGGCUGUCGACAAGAACAAGACCGCCGCUCCACUCGACAUGGACGGAGGCACCUCCUGCUACGUGUCCUUCACCCUCGCGCCUCCUCAAAAAGGGAUCUCCUGCCUCAACCUCCACUUGCCGGAGAAACCUCCACUGACACCAGGCAUCCCGCCGACCGCCUAUUCCUUCCUCCGGGCAACCGACAACAACCUCGUCCUCUUCGACAUCUCCAACCCGGAGAAAAAAGACAAGAAACUCGUCCUCGUCGACAUCUCCAACCCGGACCGGAGUUGCUACCGGCAGCCCCCGGCAGAUCUGUUUGUCUACAAGGCCGGCAAUCCUCGCCCCUCGGUGCAGUGUCUCCCUCCCUACCUCGAGUACAGUACAAGGCCGUUCCUGAAUGAUUACCUCACCACGGGCAUCCUGCAGCUCGAGGGGGACCGCUUCGUCGUCGCCGACCUCAAUGUCUAUCACAAAAAAAAGGGCAUGCGUGCCGAAAUCUGCGUCUUCAACUCAGAGACUGAAAAGUGGAAAAUCAUCAGCAAAAUCGACCUGGGCCAGUUCCCCGAACUCUGGUCAACCCACUAUGUGCUCGCUUUCGACGGCCGUUUCCUGUGCUGGGUAGACUACUUCAGCGGUGUCCUGCUAUGUGACUUCUCCAAAAAUAUAGACUCCCCGUCGCUCUGCUACGUGCCUUUCCCUGGAGGAAAAGAGUACCCUGAUAAGGUUCGGGUUGAUAGGUACUUCCCAGAGAGAUUCCAAAGUGUGUCCAUCAGCCAAGGCAAGAUCUACUUUGUCCGCAUUGAUAAUGACUUCCAUGACAGAAUCCAUGGUCGCUGCCGCAGAUGUCCUGAGCUUCAUGAUAGAAAAAGGCAAACUACCCAGAAUAUCACCAUUUGGACUUUGAACUCAGAGUUAGAUUGGAAGCUGCACCGCAUAAUCAACCUAGAUUCUCUAUGGGUGCAAGCUGGUUACCGAGAUCUGCAAAUACAUCAGCGUCUUCCUGAGUUCCCAACCAUCAGCGCGGACGACCCUGAUGUUCUGUGUUGCCUGUUAACUGAGGAGGAAUUUCAUGGUAACGGGUGGAUGAUCAUGCUUGACAUGAAGAAUGCACACUUGCAGUCAUGUGAGUCUGUGGGUAUGAAAGGUCACGUUAACAAGUUUCCUAAUGCCCCCCUACUCCCAACUGCCUUCUGCAAAUACCUUGAAAGGCCGACAGGGAUGGCAUUGGACAAAGACAAGUGUACUGGUCUUUCAGUUGGGCGUAAUAAGCGUAAGCAUAGGCGUACAAGGAAGUCUUGUUUUCUUCGUCUCACACCGGCCGUCCCUGCCACCUGUGUUGACGACCCCCCUGCGCGUCUGCGGGAUGACAUUGGACAAGGACAGGCCUACUCGUCUUUUGGUGUGUGGCCUAAGAAGCAUAAGCAUACGCUGAAGGUAAAAGACCUGGAAUCUAGUGACAUUGCCAAUUUGAAGAUAAAGCUGGCAGAACCCAGUCAAUAGGGCAAAAUGUCUCAUUGAUGUGAUGAAGAUGAUGUGCUCAUGAAUAUCUAAAUGGAACAUGUUCUUGAUCAUGUAAUCAUAUGCUUAAGAACUAAAGUUUGAGAUUGAACAUUGUUUCUUUCAGCCUUGACAUCUGAAAAUGGGGAAUGCACCCCUCAUUCGACCAUAGUUGUUCCAAAUUUAA